GUGCCUUCAGGCUAGGAGCCGGCUGUCAGUCUCGGUGUCGCCGCCGUCGCCGCCGCCACCGCCUGGCACCGUGGAGCUGGGGCCCCCUUUCGCUAGGGAGUUCUGUGGUCUCAUCGGGUCAGCGGUGACAUCCCAAAGGGCAGGGCCGGCAGCCGCCAUGGUGGCCAAGGAUUACCCCUUCUACCUCACGGUCAAGAGGGCGAACUGCAGCCUGGAGGUGCCCCCGGCCAGCAGUCCGGCCAAGGACGCCGAGGAGCCUAGUAAUAAACGGGUCAAACCCCUUUCUAGAGUCACAUCACUAGCAAACCUCAUCCCACCUGUGAAAGCUACACCGUUAAAGCGCUUCAGCCAAACCCUGCAGCGUUCCAUUAGCUUCCGCAGCGAGAGCCGUCCUGACAUCCUCACCCCCCGGCCCUGGACCAGAAAUGCCGCUCCCUCGAGCACCAAACGACGAGACAGCAAGCUGUGGAGUGAGACCUUCGAUGUGUGCGUCAAUCAGAUGCUUCCGUCCAAGGAAAUCAAACGUCAGGAGGCGAUCUUUGAACUUUCCCAAGGAGAAGAAGACUUGAUAGAGGACUUGAAAUUGGCGAAAAAGGCUUAUCAUGACCCCAUGCUGAAACUCUCCAUAAUGACAGAACAGGAGUUGAAUCAAAUUUUUGGAACACUGGACUCUCUAAUUCCUCUACAUGAAGAGCUCCUGAGUCAGCUUCGAGAUGUUCGGAAGCCUGAUGGCUCAACUGAACACGUCGGUCCCAUCCUCGUGGGCUGGCUGCCUUGUCUCAGCUCCUACGAUAGCUACUGCAGCAAUCAAGUAGCCGCCAAAGCUCUGCUGGACCACAAAAAACAAGAUCACCGAGUCCAGGAUUUCCUUCAGCGAUGUUUAGAAUCCCCCUUUAGCCGCAAACUAGACCUCUGGAAUUUCCUUGAUAUUCCAAGAAGCCGCCUGGUAAAAUACCCUCUGCUUCUUCGAGAAAUCCUGAGGCACACACCAAAUGAUAAUCCAGAUCAGCAGCACCUGGAAGAAGCUAUAAACAUCAUUCAGGGAAUCGUAGCAGAAAUCAACAUCAAGACGGGGGAAUCUGAAUGCCGUUAUUAUAAAGAACGACUUCUUUACUUGGAAGAGGGCCAGAAGGACUCCUUGAUCGACAGUUCAAGAGUGCUAUGUUGUCAUGGCGAACUGAAGAACAACCGGGGUGUGAAACUGCACGUUUUCCUCUUCCAAGAAGUGCUUGUGAUCACUCGAGCCAUCACCCACAACGAGCAGCUCUGCUACCAGUUGUACCGGCAGCCGAUUCCCGUGAAGGACCUCCUGCUGGAAGACCUGCAGGAUGGAGAAGUGAGGCUGGGCGGCUCCCUGCGAGGGGCAUUCAGCAACAACGAGAGAAUUAAAAACUUCUUUAGAGUAAGUUUCAAAAAUGGAUCCCAAAGUCAGACCCACUCACUACAAGCCAAUGACACCUUCAACAAACAGCAGUGGCUCAACUGUAUUCGUCAAGCCAAAGAAACAGUUCUGUGUGCUGCUGGACAGGCUGGGGUGCUUGACUCCGAGGGACCGUUCCUAAAUCCCGCCACCGGGAGCAGGGAGCCACAGGGAGAAACAAAACUUGAGCAGAUGGACCAAUCGGACAGUGAAUCAGACUGUAGUAUGGACACAAGCGAGGUCAGCCUCGACUGUGAGCGCAUGGAACAGACAGACUCUUCCUGUGGGAACAGCAGGCACAUUGAAAGCAACGUCUGACAGAAGCAAGUACUUCCUGGAAGUAGCCCUGUGUCUUACCUGUACAGUAUUUGCAUUCCACUCAUGGAACGGUUUGGAGAAGCACUUUUUAAUACUUUUGUGACCGUGUAGACCCAGUCUCUCAUUUCUGUACCUUUGUCCCUAAUACUGUGACUGCCAGUCUGUCUGUGUACGCUGGAGUCUGUGGCAACUGUUCUCCUGUAUUGUAUUUCACAAGUGUCUGGAUGGAUGAAGAGGUACUUGAACAAGUUAUUUCCAAAUGUCCUGCUGGAUUUUAAAAAAAGACUCUCUAAACUACUGUUUCAUGUAGAUUCUUAAAGAGUCCUUCCAUGUUUUCUAGUGCAUUUCUAGCUCCUUGAUGUGGUCACGGAGGCACAGAAUUUAGGGGCCCUUGCACGCAGGUCAUGAGGAAGUCACUUGUGCACCGUGAAGGAAACCAGUGAACUUGGACCAGAAAGCCUGUCAAUAUCCCUGGAGGUUCUGGGGGCUUACUUUUGCAAAGGAAUAAGCACCCUCUUGACCUUGUAAUGUCAUCAGUGCAAAUUUGAUGCAGUAAUCUAUCAGGACAUGAAAUAGAGUCUGCUCUUAAAAGGACCAGCGCAAAAGCAGCUGUCAGCUCUAAAUCUUGAACGGCACUGUGCAUCGCACCCGGGGUCUCCGUCAUAGUUGCUGGCUUGCCUUAGCCACUUCUAGCCUAAAACAUCAGACUAGAGCUCAAGGGGCCUGGGGAAACCUGGCAGGGUAACAAGAAAGCCCAUCUUCAUUGUGUUUCAUCUGCCAAGGCCUACUCCUAUUUUAGAGCAUGAAUAAAGAGAUGAGGAAAAUGACUGAAACUGAGUCAGUAACUCUGUUUUAUAGAAACAUGUGAGAAGAAUAAUUUGGAAGAAGUACUUUCAUCAUGACCUUAUGCAAGAAACAUUAAGAGAAAAGCAAGGUCCAAUACCCUUCUGGAAACAGCUAGAGCCUCGGUUUUCCUGCUCCGCUUUUGUGUCCUGAGUUUGCCAUCUCUGGCUCUGGGCUGUGGUCAGAAUCAUUCUCCAGAGGCCAACUUAACUCUAUGAUUAAUUAGGAUCAGGUAGCCAAAUUAGUAUCUCUUUGUCCAGCCUUGAUUUACAGUGCAGGGUGGGUCAUAGACCUUUAAAAAAGUUAACAGAAUACACAGAAAAGCUCCCUGUGAGUGUAAAUAUUAAGGAUGACCUGUGCAAAAUUAUACCCACACCAGCACUAGUAGUAAUGAUGCUAAAUUAUUGCCAAAAAAGUUUUUUUAAUCUUCUUUGUCUUUCAAGUUUACAGAAAAGAAAGCAGUAAAUACUAUGUUGUCCUUUUAUUACAUUCAUCUAUCUUAUGCAGUCAGAGAAGCUGUGCAACAAGAUUUAUCAAUAUAAAAACAAGGUAUAUUACUUAUUUUUAAAAAAUAAAAAAUGUUGUGAUCAAUUUUACCCUGUAAACAUAUUUCUGUAUUUAUAGAUCUUAAACAUGGUGAAUUUUUUUUCUAUUACCAGUUUAUUUAAAACUGCUUUGUUUCUCAAGUUGUUAUUGAUUUAGUGAGUGAAUGAACCUGCUGCAGAUAGAAGCAGAAAAAAGUUUGUUUGAUGGUGGGGAAAAGAAUAAAUCAUUCUUUGCAGGAGCCAUCAGCCACUUUGGCCAGUGCAUUGAGGAAAGAGGUCUGUCAAAUGCUGACCUAUGAGAAGAAAGUCAAUGAAUGUUUUGAUGAAAUGAAUGUUUUUGUAUAAUGGCCUUAACUUUUUCU